AGAAAAACAGGAGUCACGGUUCAGACAUGGCGUCUCUCCUGCAGCCCGACAGGGCGGUGUAUCUUGUGCGCGGAGAGAAGAAGAUUCGCGCCCCGCUAUCUCAGCUCUAUUUCUGCCGGUACUGCAGCGAGCUGCGCUCUCUUGAGUGCGUGUCACAUGAAGUUGACUCUCAUUACUGCCCCAGUUGUCUGGAGAGCAUGCCAUCAGCUGAGGCGAAGCUCAAGAAGAACCGAUGUGCAAACUGUUUCGACUGCCCGUGCUGCAUGCACACCCUGUCCACGCGAGCCACCAACAUCCCGGCACCGCUGCCCGACGAUCCCACCAAGACCACCAUGAAGAAGGCGUAUUACCUCGCCUGCGGCUUCUGCCGCUGGACCUCGCGCGACGUCGGCAUGGCCGACAAGUCUGUGGCCAGUGGAGGAUGGCAGGAACCCGAGAAUCCUUACACUCAGAGGAUUAAUAAACUAAUUGAGUAUUAUCAGCAGCUGGCUCAGAGAGAGAAGUUGGAGAGAGACCGAAAGAAACUGGCCCGAAGACGUCCUUUCAUGCCUCAGGCCUUUUCGCAACACACUAUUCAUGUAGUGGAGAAGUACGGCCUCGGUACCCGGCUCCAGAGGCAGAGGUCCGGAGCGCCCAUCAGCGCCCUCUACGGGCUCUCUCUAAAGGAAGGUGAGGAGCAAAAGGAGGUCAGUAUUGAACCGGCUCAGGCGCUGGACGAGGUCGAGCCUCUACCCGAGGAUUAUUACACACGUCCUGUCAACCUGACUGAAGUGACGACACUCCGCCAGAGGUUACUUCAGCCCGACUUCCAGCCCUCAGGAGUGUCUCAGCUCCACCCCAAACACAAGCACCUGCUGAUGAAGCGCUCGCUGCGCUGCAGGAAAUGCGAGCACAACCUGAGCAAACCAGAGUUCAACCCAACAUCCAUUAAGUUUAAAAUCCAGCUAGUGGCCGUGAGCUACAUCCCUGAAGUGAGGAUCAUGUCCAUUCCGAACCUGCGUCACAUGAAGGAGUCCCAGGUGCUGCUGACCCUCACUAACCCGGUGGAGAGCAUCACUCACGUCAGCCUGUUCACCUGUGAGGAAGGAGAUCCUGACGACAUCAACAGCACAGCUAAGGUGUUAGUGCCAGCGAAGGAGCUGGUUCUGGCAGGUAAAGACGCAGCGGCGGAGUACGACGAGCUUGCCGAGCCGCAGGACUUCCAGGACGACCCAGAUGUGGUGGCCUUCAGGAAGUCCAACAAGAUCGGUUUCUUUAUCAAAGUGAUCCCUCAGCGCGAGGACGGCGAUGUCACCGUGUCCUUCAAGAUGCGCCACGACUUCCGCAACCUGGCGGCUCCCAUCAGGCAGAGCGAGGAAGGAGAGCCCGCUGUCGAGCUCAUCUGGCUCACACACCACGUAGAGCUCAGCCUGGGGCCACUCGCGGCCUGAACACACACACACACACACACACACACACACACACACACACACACACACACACACACACACACACACACACACACACACACACAAACAGACACAACAGUUCACACACUCUAAACAACCAGACCAUGGUAUCACUUACACACACACACACACACACACACACACACA